CUUGGAGAAGGAGAAAAGAUUGAUGACAGAACUAUUAUAAAUUGGGGGUAAAUGAAACUCUGAGAGCUGCUAACAAGGACACCUUUAUCAACAGCUUCAAGGAUAAAUCCAUUAGCACCAGCCUGCCUGUGCUUGAUUUAAUUGAUGCCAUUGCACCUAAGGCUGUCAAUGCAGAGAUGGUAAAAAGGGCUAAUCUUUCAGAUGAUGACAAAAUGGGGAAUGCAAAGUAUGCUAUUUCCAUUGCCAGAAAAAUUGGAGCCCGGAUAUAUGCUCUGCCUGAUGACCUAGUAGAAGUGAAACCAAAGAUGGUG